AUGGAGGUCGUUGCCAAGGAUCUGGAGCAACCGAUGCAGUCGGUCAGGUCCGAUUUAAUCGACCGCUAUGUCGGCCUGAGGGGAAGUAUUGUGCGGGCGGCCAACAUUGCACCGCUCAUCACCGAAGUAUGCUUCACCUGCUCCAGGUGCGGCACCGAGGUUCAGACCGCUGCUGCCGAGGGUCGCUUUGAGUAUCCAUCUGGCUGCCCAAAGAAGUGCCGAUUCGCGCGAUUCACAGCGAACAAGGACAAAUGCCAAGCCAUCGACUGGCAGAGGAUUCGCCUGCAGGAGGACUUCUCCGAGCUGGUUGCCUCUGGCGCACCCCAACGUCGCAUGCCCCGCACAUUGGACUGC